UCAAACACACUCUCCUUCUCUAGCGACAUUAUUUCGAUCAUCAUCGAACAUAUAAUCGGAAGGAGGAGAUCGUCGUGGCGAUUAUGGCCAAGGAUGCUAAUACUUCUGAGCAGGAGGAACCAAAAGGUUAUGCUGGUAAAAAAGAAAGGAAGCUGAAUCGCACUGAGCAACAAUCUUGUGAUAAGUGUGAAAUUAGGGGACUUCGAGAGAGUAAUGAAAUUUUAAGGGCUCAUAUAGGCAAUUUGAAUACAGACCUAGAACUGAUUGGUUUAAAGAGAGACGUGGCCUGCCUUAGGAGCACAGUAGAUGGAAAGAAUGUUGAACUUUCAAAACUUCAGUGUGCAGAAAAAGAAUUAAAGGAACAUCUGGAAAGGGAUCUGGCUUAUCUAAGAGAAGAAAAUAAACAAUUAAAGGUCGGUUCACUCUUGUAGGAUCUUGAUUAAAAUAGUCUAGAUUGCUAAUCUGAAAUACACACUUAACUAUGAACAUACAAAUAAUAAAUAAGCCUGCUGAUUCCAAUGCCAAUGCUGCCAAGCCUGCCGAUCCUGAUGAGCUUUUUCCCAAGGCUGCUAUCCAUUGGGAGACUAAUGUUCCUUGUGACCCUCGUGGGGAUGUUGAGCCUUUGUCGGAGGAGCUUUUUCCCAAACAUGAUUCACAAGAUUCGUGCACCAUUAUGUAAGUAAGAAGAGUAGAACUUGAGUGGUUAAAAACUUUUGUAUGUUAACUGUUCUGUGUCGAAUUGAAGCUGUUAGAAGCUGUGUGCAUUGCAAAAUGCUUGUGAUGAGAGUGAUAUUGAGAUAAUUCAAAUGCAGGGACAUCAAAAUGUUAUUGACUUUGCAUGGAUUAAUGAUGAGUUGGAUGGGAUGAAUAAAUUGGAUCAA